UGACAUCACGAGGACAGCCAGCUUCACCAGCAGCAGCACCGUAACAAUAGGAGCACAGCAGCAGCAUUUCGACAAUCAAGAUGCCUUCCGCGAUCCGUCUGCUCGCCCUCAUGGGCCGUGAGAACAACCCCCUCUACGUCCGCAGCUUCGACAGAGACACCGACUCCGACACCGACCCCGACCGCUUCAACUCCGCAAAAGCGGACCUGCGCUACCACUUCCUCGCCCACAUUGCUCUUGAUGUCUUUGCCGCUCGUCUGCCAUCCAAGUCUGCAGACUCGGAUUUUGGUCUGCUCUUUGUCCAGGACGGCAUCGCGAUCUACGGAUGGAUGACAAACACCGGUGUCAAGAUCGUGCUUGGAUUUUCCAGCGGCGAAGUUAUUGGCAGCGAAAUUAGAAGUAUCUUCCGAGCGAUCCACUUUGCAUACAUCUCCCUCGUCUGCAACGCCUUCUACAGCGUCGACGAGCGCCGUCCAAUCACCAGCAGAAAAUUCGACCUCAGUGUCUGCCGCAUAGUCGAGGCCUGGAACGGCAGCGCGCCUGCGCCUGCUCCUCCGCGCAUGUCGACUUCGACGGUGGGCUCGGCCAGAGCAGCGCCCGCGGGUGAGAACGUGACUAUGACCUAUGGACAGUCGAGGUCGGGCACCCCUGUGGCCUAGUCCUUUUUUGACGUUCCCUUUUUCUCUCUAUUCAUUUGCUUUGCUACUGUAUGGUGCUACUGGCGUUCAUUGUUUAUUAGUUUUGUUCAUAGAUGCUUGUAUAGAUAAUCCACGACAUGUGUAUAAAUAUGACUCAAGCGAGCCCCAA